AUGAAUAUGACUGACUAUAAGGUGAGGCAUACUUCACUCAAUGAAGAAAAAUGUGUUGCCAACCUUUACAAGAAUGAAAGCUCAUGUAGACUAUGGAUGCUGACUGGACUUCCUUGCUGUCAUGCAAUGUCUUGCAUGAAAGAUCAACAUUUGGAGAUUGAUGGCUUUGUACCUGUCUGUUACAAGAAGGAGCAAUAUACUGCUUGCUAUGCACAUGUGAUAUAUCCACUUAAUAGGGAAGCCUUGUGGGCAAAGACUAGUGUUGUUGAUCUUCAGCCACCACCAAUAAAGAGGCAGUCUGGAAGGCCAAAGAAAAAAAGGAAUAGGGAAGUUUGA